AGACUUACGUGGGGGCGUCAGGCUCUUCCUGGAGGAGGACUCUCGGGCUGGAGUUUCGCGCUCGUGGACUAGAAGGUCUGGAAUUGGCUGGCCCCUUUCUACGUCCCCUUACGAGCUCUUCCCCCCCCCCCCCCCCCCCCCCCCGGUCUCUCUCUUCUUCACUGUCUGACCUCGAGGAUCUGAGGUCGCCUCCUGGGGUAGGUGUGCGGAAGCCUCAGGCGCGUCACCGCGGCCUCGUACCCAGAGCCAAGCGGCAACGGCUAAGAGAGAGCGGACUUUCGGAGUCUGGCGGUUGGGACUUCUUCCACGGGCGACCUUCAGGGCAUCUCCUGAGGUGGGAAAUUCUAUGUGUUGGUACACUGUCCUUAAUCUGAGAUGCAUCCAGACUUAUCCCCACACCUGCACACUGAGGAAUGUAACAUUUUAAUUAACUUAUUAAAAGAAUGCCACAAAAAGCACAAUGUCCUGAAAUUUUUUGGUCACUGUAAUGAUCUUGAUCGGGAAAUGCGGAAAUGUUUGAAAAAGGAGUAUGGAGAAAGGAGGGCCAAGAGCAGGGAAUUUGGAGAAGCUAAGCGACAGAAAUUUUCUAAUAUUUCAGAAGAGUCGGAGAACUGAAUUUUGUUUUGACUGGACGUCUUGGCUGAUGAAUGAACAUCUGGACAUUUAGCUAGUAACUGGAAGAAUGUCACCGUGUUUGAACUCAAUAGUUCUUAAACAAUUUCACCCUUUUAUGAGCUGCAGAGAAAUUUGGAAACUGAUAGUAUAAGACUUUUCAAGACUGAACCUUCCUUGCUAUCAACAAAACAUCAGCAUUUGAAUAACAACUAUUUGUUUACUGCCUCCUUAUAAGAAAGUCAUUAUUUUCCUUAUGCUUACUAACCUGGAGGAGUUGGGAGGGGUGAAGGUAGGAUGUUGCUAUCAGCCUUCCCUUCAUAGCAACAUAAAAAUAUUAAUUCUUCACUUCAGUACCUGAAAGUCAGCAUUCAAUUCACAAGACAUCAGCCAUCUUCCACACCUCAGUAAACAGUCUUCAUGAGUUGUUGUGGCUGAAAAAAAUACUUUUUAAAAAGGUAGUGGAAUAAGUUGAAGCAUGGAGAGUCCUGGGAAUCUUUAGCCCAAGAUAAAAUUGUUCUGUCUUCUCAUCUAUACAUGGACAGCGGUUUCCCUCAAUGAUUAAAAAUUUGUAAUACAAA